AGCGGUGCUGCGGAAACGACGCGCGACUCCGGUGGCGGCCGCGGCGGCAGCGGUCGCCCCGCCGCGGGAAGCUAUGGGGGCGCGUGCAGGCUCCCGGUGCCCGGCCAGCGGCGGCUCGGAGCGCGCUGCCCCGAGGCUGUAGGGAGCCGCCGUGGAUCAGUCACUCGCUGAAGACCUCCGGGACCCGCUCGUCUCGGCCCCCGGCUCGCCGUGCCUCUCCCAGGCGCCCGGGGCGUGGAAGAGGAGCCGGACUCCGAGCGGGGCGAGGAGCAUGGGGAGAGCGGCAGCCGCAGGAGGAGGCGCUGGAGGGGCGCGCCGGUGGCUCCCGUGGCUGGGGCUCUGCUUCUGGGCGGCGGGGGCUGCGGCUGCCCGAGGAGCUGACAAUGGUGAAGCCCUCCCCGAGUCCAUCCCCUCAGCUCCUGGGACACUGCCUCAUUUCAUAGAGGAGCCAGAUGAUGCUUAUAUCAUCAAGAGCAACCCCAUCGCACUGAGGUGCAAAGCGAGACCAGCCAUGCAAAUAUUCUUCAAAUGUAAUGGCGAGUGGGUCCAUCAAAAUGAGCACGUCUCUGAGGAGAGUCUGGAUGAGAGUUCAGGCUUGAAGGUCCGGGAGGUGUUUAUCAACGUCACCAGGCAGCAGGUAGAGGACUUCCACGGGCCAGAGGACUACUGGUGCCAGUGCGUGGCAUGGAGCCACCUGGGGACCUCCAAGAGCAGGAAGGCCUCCGUGCGCAUAGCUUAUUUAAGGAAAAACUUCGAACAAGAUCCACAGGGAAGGGAGGUGCCCAUUGAAGGCAUGAUAGUGCUGCAUUGCCGGCCACCCGAGGGAGUCCCUGCUGCUGAGGUGGAAUGGUUGAAAAAUGAGGAGCCCAUUGACUCCGAGCAAGAUGAAAACAUUGAUACCAGGGCUGACCACAACCUCAUCAUCCGGCAGGCGCGCCUCUCCGACUCCGGCAAUUACACCUGCAUGGCAGCCAACAUCGUGGCCAAGAGGAGGAGCCUGUCAGCCACGGUGGUGGUUUAUGUGAAUGGAGGCUGGUCUUCCUGGACAGAGUGGUCAGCCUGCAAUGUUCGCUGUGGUAGAGGAUGGCAGAAACGUUCCCGGACCUGCACCAACCCAGCUCCUCUCAAUGGUGGGGCCUUUUGUGAGGGAAUGUCAGUGCAGAAAAUAACGUGCACUUCUCUUUGUCCUGUGGAUGGGAGCUGGGAAGUAUGGAGUGAAUGGUCAGUCUGCAGCCCAGAGUGCGAGCAUUUGCGGAUCCGGGAGUGCACGGCACCACCCCCAAGAAACGGGGGCAAAUUCUGUGAAGGGCUCAGCCAGGAAUCUGAAAACUGCACAGAUGGUCUCUGCAUUCUAGAUAAAAAACCUCUUCAUGAAAUAAAACCCCAAAGAUGGAGUAGGAGAGGCAUUGAGAAUGCCAGCGACAUUGCUUUGUACUCGGGCUUGGGCGCUGCCGUGGUGGCCGUUGCAGUCCUGGUCAUUGGUGUCACCCUUUACAGACGGAGCCAGAGUGACUAUGGCGUGGACGUCAUCGACUCUUCUGCAUUGACAGGUGGCUUCCAGACCUUCAACUUCAAAACAGUCCGUCAAGGUAACCCCCUGCUUCUGAAUUCCUCCAUGCAACCAGACCUCACGGUCAGCCGAACAUACAGCGGGCCCAUCUGCCUACAGGACCCGCUGGACAAAGAACUCAUGACAGAGUCUUCACUCUUUAACCCUUUGUCCGACAUCAAAGUCAAAGUUCAGAGCUCAUUCAUGGUUUCCCUGGGAGUGUCUGAAAGAGCUGAGUACCAUGGCAAGAAUCAUUCCGGGACUUUUCCCCAUGGAAACAACCGUAGCUUUAGUACAAUGCACCCCAGAAAUAAAACACCCUACAUCCAGAAUCUAUCAUCACUUCCCACAAGGACAGAACUGAGGACCACUGGUGUCUUUGGCCACUUGGGAGGACGCUUAGUCAUGCCAAAUACAGGGGUGAGUUUGCUCAUACCACAUGGCGCCAUCCCAGAAGAGAAUUCUUGGGAGAUUUAUAUGUCCAUCAACCAAGGUGAACCCAGCCUCCAGUCGGAUGGAUCUGAGGUGCUCCUGAGUCCUGAAGUCACCUGUGGCCCCCCAGACAUGACCGUCACCACACCCUUUGCAUUGACCAUACCACACUGUGCCGACGUCAGUUCUGAGCACUGGAACAUCCAUUUAAAGAAGAGGACGCAGCAGGGCAAGUGGGAGGAAGUGAUGUCAGUGGAGGAUGAAUCCACAUCCUGUUACUGCCUUUUGGACCCCUUUGCAUGUCAUGUGCUCCUGGACAGCUUUGGGACCUACGCCCUCACCGGAGAACCAAUCACAGACUGUGCCGUGAAGCAACUCAAGGUGGCGGUUUUUGGCUGCAUGUCCUGUAACUCUUUGGAUUACAACUUGAGAGUCUACUGUGUGGACAAUACCCCUUGGGCAUUUCAGGAAGUGGUUUCAGAUGAAAGGCAUCAAGGUGGACAGCUUCUGGAAGAACCAAAGUUGCUGCAUUUCAAAGGGAAUACCUUUAGUCUUCAGAUCUCUGUCCUUGACAUCCCCCCGUUCCUCUGGAGGAUUAAACCCUUCACUGCAUGCCAGGAGGUACCGUUCUCCCGCGUGUGGUGCAGUAACCAACAGCCCCUGCACUGUGCCUUCUCCCUGGAGCGCUACACACCCACCACCACCCAGCUGUCCUGCAAAAUCUGCAUCCGGCAGCUCAAAGGCCAUGAACAGAUCCUCCAAGUGCAAACAUCAAUCCUAGAGAGCGAAAGAGAAACCAUCACUUUCUUUGCACAAGAGGACAGCACUUUCCCUGCACAGACUGGCCCCAAAGCCUUCAAAAUUCCCUACUCCAUCAGACAGCGGAUUUGUGCUACAUUCGAUACCCCUAAUGCCAAAGGCAAGGACUGGCAGAUGUUAGCACAGAAAAACAGCAUCAACAGGAAUUUAUCUUAUUUUGCUACACAAAGUAGUCCAUCCGCUGUCAUUUUGAACCUGUGGGAAGCUCGUCAUCAGCACGAUGGUGAUCUUGACUCCCUGGCCUGCGCCCUUGAAGAGAUUGGGCGGACACACACGAAACUCUCAAACAUUACAGAAUCCCAACUCGAUGAAGCCGACUUCAACUACAGCAGGCAAAAUGGACUCUAGUCCACUAUCGUUCAUGAGACAGUGACGGCCAGCUUCGGGACAUUUGCUUUAAAUGGGAAAGAGGCAGCUUUCGGCCCAGUGGCACUUGGGGAAUUCAGCCUUCAUUUACACUCAGUGAGAAUCCCUGGUUGAAGAAACUGCAUUCUAUAUAGGUGUAAUAUGUUAAUAGGGAGAAGUACAAGCUCUCUUAAAUAUAAGAGGGCUCUACUGUCUCGUCUGAAUCCACACUCGGGUUAACACUUUAUGAACUUUCUCAGAUUUGGAGUGGCGAGAAUAAAAGUGAGGGCACAGCUAGAUAAAAGGAACUGUGGAAAAAGAUGAGCUACAAUAAAGCUGGGAAGGUAGAGAUUGAAUAGUGCAUGUUUUGAAGCAGGUUUUUAAUGACGUGCCCCAAAGGGCCAGCUGAUUCUGGUACCAGAUUGUCAGGGUUCUCUACCAACUGGCAUCUGUGAUGUCAGCAAUCAUUGUAACGUUGGCUUUUAGAAGUGAAACGGGGUUGCCAACCCAUUUAUUUGUAGGACUUCAAUAACGUCGAGGAGGGCAUUUAGAAUUUAGAAUCUGAGUACAUCACACCAGCACCAGUUCCCCAUUUAUCCUAGCCACUUAGUGGAAACAAGACCAGAAGGUAAGAUAGACCAUAAACUAGUUCUUGCCAUGACCACCUUCAUUUUCUCCCAGAGACAAAUCUACCCACAUUUCCCCCCCCCUUCCUUACCCAUUACAUAGGAGUGGUUUCAAGGAGCAUAACUAAACUGCUCAAUAUGGAAACUUAUGUCUUCUAAGUCAACGAAGCAGAGCUGUCUCUCUUCCCAGCUAAGCCGCUCAAAUUGCAGAGUGCUGUUAGAACACGACAUAUUACAUGGAUUUGGAGGGGAGGUCAAAUCGAGCCCAAGGAAAUACAUGAACUACAGAUGCCACACGCCUUUGAGAAGCUGUCACUCUGGGAUGGAGGAUGAAGGUGUUGACUCAGUUGCCCAACAUUGAUAUAAGGGGCUGAGGGGUUCUGCUACACUUUUCAAUCCAGGUUCUUGAAACUUUCUAGUCUGUGUUAUCACAAUAUCUCCCCAUAGGGCAAUAGGGCAUCCUCCUUUGCCUCUCCGAAAAUCAGCAGAUAGUCUUUGGUCUAAAUGAUAGGGGUCAGUAGACCUGAGGAAUAUGUCGACCACAAUGUCCCAGAAACCACAUGCGUUGUUCAGGAAGUUUCAACAUCUGGUUGCUCAGCCUUAUCAAGUAGGCUUUUUCUACAAGACCAUUAACACAGGACUAUUGCUUUCAGAUUCUUUUUUGAAAAAAAGAAGUAAUGGUAUUGUGGAAAACUGAAGUCCACAGAUAAUUCGUGACCCCCCACCCCAUCUUAACAUGACUCCAUCUUUUAUACUAUUAAAUCAUUUUGAUAAGGUGUCCUGGUAGACUAAAGAUGAACAGAUCUGUUUCUGCUCCGGUUGAUGUUUUAAUUAGCUGUCCACAAUCAGGACAAGCAAGGUCAAGGACCUAGAUCAACCACGGGGCUGAUCAGCUACUUAGAAGUUGGCUUCAUUAGAAUAAAAAUAGGGAAAUUAGGGACUACUUGGCAGUGGGAUAUGGUUAUUUAAAAAAAAAAAAAAACGUUUUUAUAAGUCCCAUGUAGGAAGAAAAAAUGUAAAUCCCCACCGAAGUAAAAAAGAACUAGAGAUAGGUGGAAUUUAUGAUACCAUGGGUAAGGCAUUAAGAACUCUUAAAUGUGUUAGCCAUGUUCUCUAACUAACGUGUGGUAUAUGCAGUCCCCUGUAUUGGAUGAAAGGCUUUGCUACAUGAAAUCCAAAAGCAUCUUUCUUUUCUCAGGAACCAGAGGCAUCUAAUACAGAACAAGCAAAUCCUCUUAGAACUGCUGAGCAUAUUUUCAAAAUACCAUCUCUAGAUAAGGAAAACACCCUUUUACUAAUGUCCUCUACUUGUUUAUUCCUUCGGGGGAGCAACAGAGAGAAGGGCAUGAGAGUGUAAAUCAUCUGACACCCUUGCCAUCAUUUCUGAAGGAGCAAGAAGUUGAAGUAGAUGGUCAGUCACCCAAAAUGAACUAGAGAGUUGAUUGGCAUGGUGGUAUACAGAAAGAAUCUGCAUUGACUGUUGGAUAAUAACUUGCAGAAAACACAUUAGAGAGAACUUUUGUUAGUUUCCAUCUUGGAGAUGUUAAUAGGGAUUUAAAAAUCAUCCUGCCUCCCCCCCCCCCCGCCUUUCCUUCUAAUUGGCCUUAUAAUUGCUUUCUUAUUCCAUGCAUUCAAACAGAUUCUUUUUAGACCUGAUACUUUUUUUAUAUAUUAAAUGAAAAAUUUUAAUGUUUUCCCUAGAAUCUAAAUUAUUUUAAGAAAAGAGAUUAUCAUCAAUCCCUCAAUGUCUAGAAUUUCCUCCUAUGGACUUUUUUUUUUCUUUUCUUGGCCUGGGUUUUUAUAAAUGCUCAUGAUCAUCAUACCAUAUUGAGUAACUAAGGAUGCGAAUGAGCAUGAUUCACCUCUGACUUCUUCCUAAGGUUCAAAUCCAUCUGUCAGUCCAUGCUCCUCCCUCUUUUCCUUUCUCUUAUUUCUGCUAGAAUUCUGCAUAGGAUUUCUACAGAAAUGUAUGAAAUUCUGUGGCUGUCACAUGGCAGGAUUGUAUGGUAUUUUGCAAUAGAAUUCCAAGGAGAACCCACGUUCACGAGAUUCACAGACACAGCUGGGGGUGUGUCAGGGAGGAGUGGAAAAUGCAGACCAGAUAGACUUAACUGACACUGGAACUUGUGGUUACUCACUGUGACCUAAACCCUUGUUCUAUUUUAACAUUUUACUGUCACAACACAAACGCCGCCCCUCUAGAAACAGAGUCCCUGGUCAGUGCAAGUGCUUACCGCAGAAGUGUUAUUGUCCCAGUGCAAAACGAACCAAGAAAUUAAAAGUGGGCUGUGAUACCUGGUAGGUUACUUAGAAGUUUCACAAGAUAUCCCACUUAAGGAGACAUCUGUCAGUCCUCAAAAGCAUUUAAGUCUAACGGUCAUGCUUUAAACAGGACUUCAAAUUAUGCCACCAAAAGGGUGUACUUCCCAGCUGCACCAGACUGCCGCAUCAUAAAGUUAAUUUACAGUUUUUACAACAUUGCUCGUGCAGUCUUACUGGUUUACAUUAAAAUCCUUUAAGCCAAAGGAAGCUCACUCUAUGGAUUUCAAUGCAAACUUCAUUUACCGGUGCAGAAAGUCUCAUAAAACUCAGAUGUACGCCCACAAAAAUUUUAUUGGCCUUUUUGUAAGAGAUGAAUAGGAAUUGACACAGUUCUGUUUAAAGAGGAGAAAUUUUUCUCCCUUUUUAUUAUUUUUAUCUCCAG